AUGUGGAAGAAAUUAUCUCCUCCAUCAUCAAUAUUGUUGUUGGUGGUAUUAGUGUUGGCUGUCAUUAUAAAUAUUUUUACUUUGUUUGUUGAUGGUUCUCUACAACUCAUAUUUCUUGUCAAUGACAGAGAAGUUCCAUCAAUUAGAUAUCUACUUCAAAACUAUGGUCUUGAUUGGCAAUUAAACGAUUUAGUAUUAAAUGCAACCAUCCCAGAUGGUGAUUUUAUUAAAACUACACCUGAUGGAUAUUUGAAAGAGUUACACUUAUCCUACAUCACACCACAAUUUGUUAAAGUGCCAUUUUUAGAUAAUGGACCACCCGACCCAAAUUUUAAGUGGUUUGAUCUACCAUUCCUAGAAAGCUUGUAUGUUAGUGUAGUUCCUCGAGAUGGGUCAUACAACAUUUUAGAAAUGACAAGAGGACUACCUAGUCUAAAACUUUUGGAUAUUGGUGGCCACUAUAUAAAUUAUAUUCCAAACGGGUUCCCAUUUACCAAAACACUAGAAAUCUUGGAGAUGCAAACAUCCUAUUCAUGGCUACAUCCAAAGAAUUUAAAUUCUAUUUAUUAUCCUUCUUUAUAUAAAUGGUCAUUUUCUCAUUUUGCCAAAGAACCUUUACCAGAUGGAGUGGCAGAGGAUAUUGUAGGAUCAUUAUUCAUGCCUUCCAACGUUGAGGAAUUACAAAGAUUGCCAGAUUCAUUGUGGGUUACCCCAGUUUGGGAAGAGACUGUAUUUAAUUCCUAUAUUUCUGAAUGUUUUAAAUGUUAUAAUCGACAAUUUUCAAACCUCCUCUUUCCAUUAUACCGAACCUAUCCAAUGGAUUGUGAUGUAACCGUUUCAUCAUUAAGAUAUCAUGGUGAAAGUGUAAGGAUUGAAGGUAAUAACCUUUUAAAUGCAGUUGCUGAAAGGGAUGUCUUUUCCAAUAUACCAUUACCAUUUAUUACACCUGGAGGACAACUGACACCAGUUGUUCCCAACAAGGUUUUAGAGUAUGAUAGAACCCAUCCAUCUCUUAUUGAAGAGGAUGUGGUCAUUGGAAACAACACUGUAACCAAUUUUAUAGCAACUGUUAAAAUAUCAUUUACCACUAUCAAUAUUGAUGGAGGUAUGGUAUCUUCUCAACUGCCGUACGGUCUAUACAUACGUGUACCAUUAAACUACAAUCACUUGAUAGACCAUAAAAUAGUUAUCAAUGGCUUGCCAUGUUUAAAACAAACCAUCUUGUAUCAAUCCGAUAGUAUUUUACAAUGUUUUGUUCCAAUCCUCAUCUCUCAACCUCAAUUAUACCUAACAUUUCAAAUAUCGAAUAUUAAAAAUACUGCUGUAACCUAUUUUAAUUUAAUUAGAUCAUACCCAAAUAUUAAUAAUACAAUUGAAAUUAAUAUGGAUGAUAUAUUGGAUGCUAAUUAUAAUAAUUCAACUAUUGCAUUAAAGGGAAUAUUUAGUCAUGAUCAAGAUGAAUUACCAAUAGAACCGAUUGUAUUAAUUAAUGAUCAAGAAUGUUUGGUACAAUCAAUUAAUUUUACGAGCUUGUCAUGUACUAUUAAUUUAAAGAAUAUUCUUUUAACCAACAACAACAACAACAACAACAAUAAUAAUCUAAAACAAUUAGAUUUAUUUGUUGAAAUUGAAGGACAUUCAUUUUCAUCAUCCAACAUUAUUUCUAUCAUUCUUCCAAGUAAUAGUAAUAGUAAUAGUAAUGAUAGUAGUAAUAGUAGCAGUAAUAAUUAUUCAUCGAGUGAAGAAGAACAAGAAAAAGAAAAAGACAAUACCAAACAAAUGGUUUUAUAUAUAAUGGUAUCAAUUGUUGGUGCUGUUGUUUUGGUAUCAGCAAUAGUAAUUGCAGUUCGUAAAAUACAAUCAAAUCAAGUAAAAAAGAUUAACAAUAACAACAUAAAUAGCAAUGAAGAGAUUAAAAUGUCAAACUUUGAAAUUGAUUUAAAAUCUAAAUUAAAUUAA